AUCGCUGUCUGCAAUGUAAAACAUUGUAACGUUAGUCUGACUAGAUGGGACGAUUUCUAAAUUGUCAAGUACAUUCCGACUAAUUUCAGUCAACGCAAGUAUCGUUUUAUGAGCAGUAAACAGAACUGUCUAGCUAUUUUGUUAAUAAACUGUAGCUAUUUAAUGUUACCAAGAUAGCAGAUUAGUUAGCUUUAACAACAUAUUGGCAAAAACCCAGCGAAUAGCCAAUGUUAAGAGCGUUCCUAAUUUACAAUAAAUUCAUGUUUGUGACUAGAGGAAAAAUAGUCAACAUUGGCUGGCUACAGCCGCGAAUAGUUCCCUUGUUGCUAUAACGUUAGCUAAAGUUAGCAACGUGGUAAACUCGUCUAGCUAGCUGAUUACCUACCUUACCUAGCCUAUGCCUGCGCUGUUUUUCUUGAAAUAGUUAGCUGUGUUUUUUUUUUUUUUUUUUUUUACCAUUUGGGCUAGCCAGGGGUGAAAAAUGUGUGCAGCUCGUGGGAAAAUGUAUGGAGCACCCGUGGAUUUAUCGUUCAAACAAAUAAACUCAAUGGCAGAAGCGCUUACAGAGGAGCCCAGACAAGGUUUGAGGACGUUGGAGCGCAAUGAGGAGCACAGGUUCUGCACUCGAUCUUUGAGGCUGAACAACAACAAAAUUAAAAACCUGACUGGUUUCAGUGACGCCAUAACCACAUUGCUAAGCGAGCCAUUUCAGUUAGCUUGGGUCGACUUGUCCUACAACCUCAUGUCUCGCAUAGAUCCCGUCUUGACUGAGCUGCCAGAACUGCGUGUCUUGUAUCUCCAUGGAAACAAAAUUUCCAAGCUUUCAGAGGUGGACAAGCUAGGAGUCUUGCCUUUUCUCCACACAUUAACACUACAUGGCAACGGUAUAGAAAAUGAGAAGUGUUACAGGGGUUACGUGAUCAAAAUGCUGCCUCAUCUGAAGUCCAUCGAUUUCUGUGCUGUAACCAAGGAGGAGACAGUUAUGGCAAAGAUUUGGCAUAGAACUACUGCCAGAAGCAAGCCUACUCGGAAAAAUCAACAGUGAGACCCAAAACUCAACAACUUUUCUCCAAGGAACAGACAGACAUGCAGAAGAAUGUAAAUAACUAAUAAGGGCUGUGGAAAAUGAAGGCAAUAUAAAUAUUAUAGUGUUUUAUCAUGUUUGUUCAAUACAACGCAAUUUAAAUAAAUAAAGCCCGUGUCAUUUGAGAGAAAUAACUGGGUAAUUAGUCCCCAAUCUUUUACUAUUUAAAUUUUUUUGGUGUAAGCUUAUGCCACAGCUAUACUAACAGCUCUUUCAACAAUGACUGUUAGCAUAAUGUGGCAAAAACAUGUAUCUGAAGUUAAAUAAUCAUCAUUAUUACUUAACUGUUUAAAAUUAGUAAAAAAACUAAAUCCCAAUAAUGCCAUGAAAAUCUUUACAAAAUAAAUAAAAAUAAAUCAAUUUUUA